UUUAGAUCUAGAUCUAGAAUCUAAAUCUAGAUUCUACAUUCUUCUUCGGCGUUCUUAAUUUCAAGUCAAGCAUUCGAGAUCUAAUAUAAAUAUCUAGAUCUAUGUUAAAUUUAGCAACAGUAAACAGCUGACAAGAAUGGCUGAUAAACAUAAAUCUUUAAGAAAUAAGAAAGCCAAUGAAGAUGAUUUUUCAUCUUCUUCAUCUAGACCUAGCAGUGAUAAUGAAGAUUAUGAAGAAGAAAAGUCAUUUAAGUGUAAGGUGUGUAGCAGAACAUUUGCUAAAAAAUGUGCUUAUGUACAACAUAUAAAAGUUCACUCCAGCUCCCAAAGCAAAUUUGAGUGUGAUGUAUGUCAUAAAAAGUUUACACAGAAGAAAGAUUUAUCUAUGCACUCAGAAAAAGGUCAUUCAGCAGAAAACACAGAAGAAAAUGAGGCAGAAAAUAAGUCAGUAGACAAACCUCUUGGAUUGGAUCUAAAAGACAAACCUUACGAGUGUGACUUGUGUCCGAAGAAAUUUAAAUACAAAGGUGGCCUAACCAAGCAUAAAAGAAAAAUCCAUCCCACUGGUAAACCAGAUGAUGGUAAACCAAAAGAGAAAGUUUUUGAGUGUAAGGUGUGUCAUAAAAUAUUUGAAAACAGGAAUCGCCUGUAUAAUCAUAAUAAAUCACAUCUAAAAGACAAACCUUAUGAGUGUGAUGUGUGCCACCAAAAGUUUGGACGUAAAGGAUUUUUAGAGAAACAUAUAGUAAUUCACACUGGAGAGAAACCUUUUGAAUGUGGUUUAUGUCAAAGGAAGUUUCUUUUCAGCCAACAUUUACAACAACAUAAAAAAUAUUUGCAUGGAACAGAUCAACCAUAUCAGUGUGAACAGUGUCCCAAAAAGUUUUUUCACCUGAAGCGAUUCCUACUACAUAAACAAUUCCACUCAGGCGUGAAACCAUUUGAGUGUGAUGUUUGUCAAAAGAGGUUUCAUUUAAAAGGUCAUUUAGAACUGCAUAAGCAACUCCAUACAGGAGAUAUGGCGCAUCAGUGUGAAAUAUGUCAAAGGAAGUUUAACAGAAGGAGUCUCUUAACAGUACAUAAAUUAUUUCACUUAAAAGAAAAACCACACCAAUGUGUUAGAUGUAGGAAAAAGUUUUUAAAGAAGGAAGAUCUAACUAAACAUAAUAAAUACUGUUCAAACGGAAACAAGGUCUACGAAUGCUAUAUAUGUCCAAAAAAAUAUCUUGAUUGGCAGAAGUUUUUAAAUCAUAAAAAAACACACUCAGAAAAUCCUCAUUUGGAAUGUAGAAUCUGUCAGAAAAAGUUUUUUAGUACUGAUAUUUUUUACAGGCAUAAAAAGUUGCAUUUUGAUGCUCAGUAUGAGUGCAGCGUAUGUAACAAAAAAUUUUAUUUUAGAAGAGAAUUAAUUAGACAUAAAGAAAUUCACAAGCCUCGCAAACCAGAGAUAUUACAUGAGUGUGAUGUCUGUCAUGAAAAUUUUCAUUCUGUACGAAUUUUGCAUAAUCAUAAAUUAGUAGUUCAUUCAGUCAAGAGAACUUAUGAAUGUGAUAUUUGUCAUGAAAAGUUUCCACUAAUACGUAUCUUAUGGGAACAUAAGCGUAGACAUAUACCAGUGAAAACAUUAGAACAAUUUCCCUGUGAUGUUUGUCACAAGAAAUUUAAUCUUAAAGAGCAUCUAACACGUCAUAAGCAAAGGGUACAUCCCAUCCGUACUGCUACUACAUGUUACAUUUUGGAAAAUCCUGAAUCCAAUUUAGUUACUUUUCAUUUCUAUGUGUGAAUAGAUAUAUUUGUGAGUAGUUAGACAUGUUUAACCAUGAGACUUCUGAGCAUUCUACUUUAAAGUAAAUUUAUUAAACCUUUCAGGAGCAAAAAUACCAAGAUUUU